AUGUUAUCUAGACUUAGGAAUACUGGUUUGCGUCAAAUAUUGUCUCAGAUUUUGAAUUUGUGUCUUAUAGGGUUGUUCUACAGCUUAUAUGUUAUGGAAAGGCCUUUCAGUUGUAUUCCCAUUGUGGUUGUUUUAUCUGGAUCCAUGGAACCUGCUUUUCAGAGAGGAGAUAUUCUUCUUCUUGACAACCGUCAGAAACGGGUAAAUAUUGGUGAUAUUGUUGUUUACAGAAUAAAUAAGAGGGAUAUUCCAAUUGUUCAUAGAGUUAUUCAAGAACGACAUGGAGAAAUGUUUCAAAAAGUUUUAACAAAAGGCGAUAAUAAUAGAUAUGAUGAUAUUCAACUAUAUUCGCAUAAUCAGAUGUAUAUUGAUAGAGAAGAUAUUAUUGGUGUUGUUAAAGGUUUUGUUCCUUAUUUAGGUUGGAUUACAUUGGCAUUGAAUGAUUUUCCAAAGCUUAAAUACUGUAUUAUUGGAGGAAUGGGAUUAAUGACUCUCAUUAAUAGAGAAUAG